AUGUUCGUUGACUCGAGCAGAGGGAUGACACGUGGCGAGGACCGGCUUAACCUACUCCCGUACGUGUUGACGGAAGGAAUUGUGGUGGUUGGGCACACGCACACCGUUCGAUCACCGUGGUUUUGUCUUGGAACGCACACAAAGGUUGAACUAAUGGAGCAGUAUGAAAUCAUGCAGCUUCUGGAUCCGUGCAAGGGUGUAAGUCUUCACCAAAUGGAAAUUGGAAAGUGA